UCUAAUAUUAUUUACGUGUUCGACUUAACCAUGCAAGUGAAUUCGUACGAAAUUUUUCUUUCAAAAUAAAUUGAACACAGAGUGUGUUUUCUACACUUUUCUUAACAUCAAUCAUGUGUGCUAUUGAAACAUGCGUCAUGAUGAAAAGUAAAAUAAAUCUGGUUGCUUUUGGUUUUCUAACUGUGGAAUAACAAAUAACGUAUAAUAAAUUCAAAAGUACACAUACUCGUAUGCGUGAUUCAAACCUUCCCUGUUGCGUGAAAGGCCUACAAAAUACUAUGUUGGUAGUCAUGAACCUAUUACAUGGCAAAUAAUUAAGCAAUGGACAUUAUGAACGCGAACCACUUAUUCAGCUGAAUUUAUUCCUACAAUGAGCUGUAUGUGAAGCGGAGUCGGCAAUGACAGGAAGGGAGGGCGCAAGGAAACAUAGAAAGUCAAGGGGACAGAGGAACAGGAUGAUGGUCGGUCCCAAGCCAGAAAAGAACAAACUGGUGGACUCUGCGAACGGAAGCUACUCUCUGCACGCAAAGAGCAACAUGCGACGUAAGGCUGCGGAUAUGCAGGCAGAGCAGCGGUCGCUCGUGAUCUGGAGACGCCCCUUCAAGACUCUGGAGUAUGCACUCAAAGACUUGUUUUACCACGCAAAGGUGUAUGCAAGGAAGUUGCUGGAGUGUCGCUGGACCGUUGGUCUCGUCGUGAUGACGGUCGCAGUGCUGAGCCUUGCCUCGAACGUGCCCGGUGUACACCAGCGGUACUUGCAUGAAUUCUCCCGGCUGACGUGGUGGUACGGGUACUGGGUGGGUCUGGGGGUGCUUUCGUCCGUGGGUUUCGGGACGGGGUUGCACACGUUCGUGCUCUACCUGGGACCACACAUAGUGUCUGUGGCACUGGCUGCACAGGAGUGCGGGGGCCUCAACUUCCCGGAGCCCCCAUACCCGGAUGAAAUCGUCUGCCCGGAUGUGGUGGAUGAGCGCUGGGCCACCAGCUUCUGGAACAUCAUGGCGAAGGUGCGGUGGGAAGCCGUGGCGUGGGGGCUGGGCACGGCCCUGGGGGAGUUGCCUCCCUAUUUCAUGGCACGUGCCGCACGCCUCUCGGGGCAGAACCCGGACAACGAUGAUGAGCUGCGUGAAUUCGAGGAACUCCAGCGCAAGAAGGACAACCCGGAGCUCAUGACGUUCGUGGACCGCGCGAAGCUGUUUGUAGAGAACGUGGUCGACCGGGUAGGCUUCCUGGGGAUCUUCGUGUGCGCAUCUGUGCCUAACCCGUUGUUCGACCUUGCCGGCAUCACCUGCGGCCACUUCCUGGUGCCAUUUUGGACGUUCUUCGGGGCAACGGUGCUGGGGAAGGCUGUCGCGAAGGUGCACUUGCAGAAGGUGUUCGUGAUCAUGGCUUGUGAUGAGCGCAUCGUGGAUGCCUUUCUGUCGCCGAUGAGGCGCAUCCCGUGGCUGCACGAUGCCAUCAAGAGAGUUCUGGCCAAGGAGAAGGCCAAGUACCACAAGACGCCCGGGGCGGAGGUUGUGUCUCAGGGGGGCAGCAUCGUAUCCAGCCUCUUUGAGAAGAUUGUGAUGGCCAUGAUCUUGUACUUUCUCGUCUCCAUCAUCAAUUCCCUGGCACAGAAUCACCACAAGAGGUUGAUGAAAAUGGCAGGCAAGAAGAUGGCAAGUGACUGAUGGAUUAUCGUGAUGGUUGGUUAUAAGCAGAAUCACAUGGGAUGUUGAUCCACACUUUUUUAUAUUAUUGGAAAACUGGGGGUGUUGAAUUUUAAUUCUCUUCAUACUAAUGUUAACCAGUGAUAAAUUCAGCUACAAAUAGUAAUUGAAUUGCAAUGCCCAGUGUGUUUUUUAAAAGUUCACUGAAGUUUGAUGCAUCAGCUUGUCCAAUAAGGAAAUGUUGAUCAUAAUGAUAUAUGUUUAUAACUCCUGUUUACUUCAACAUCAAACUUUUUUUUUUUUUUUUUUUUUUUUUUUUUUUUCUAUACUGGAUGUUUUAUUUUAGUUAUAUUCAUUUAGCAUUAGGAAUUUUUUGGCAGCAAGCAAAUGUAUGUUUGGUGUGUAAUUUUUAUUUAGUAAUUUGUUUAUGUGGAUGCCGUGGUAAAACAUGACAUUAAAUAAGUUUGAUAUUGGCUAGGAAAUAUUUAUAAGUUCAUGAUCUAAAGUUCUGAACGUUAAUAGUUUUCAUAUAAAUUUUGAUAAAAAAAAAAAGGAUUAAUGCAUGAAUUCUAAUAUUUAAGUAUACAUAAACGUACCCUCCAAAAUAAAUGUAAAAAUACUAGUACAUUUGGGCUUGGGGGGGAUCCAUGAUCAUUGAUUAUUAGUUUAAAAUGCCUGAAAUACAUUUUUUUAUUUUUUUUAUUUAUUUCCUUUCAUCACUAAUUUUUUAAAAAUCAUUUGCUUACUUAGUUCCAAGCACAAACUUAACUUAAGCAAGUUCUCAGUAGGACUGUAAAAGAGUUCUAGAUAGCAGCACUUCUGUAUACAGUGUUGUUUUCUAAAGUGAAAAUUAUCAUCACCACCUGCAAUUAAUAUAAAUAUAAUUGAGAUAAUUAAAUUAUGUUGUGUCAAAAUUCUUUUUAAGUGCACAGUGAGUGCUCUUAGACUAUUAGUCACCAGUCAAUGUUGUGCAUUUGUGCCAUGGCAGUCAUGUGUAAGUUUUCAUUUUGGAAAUGUAGGUUUUAAUGUCUACAGAUAUUGAAGGUUUAAUAAUGGAUGUGACAUGUACUCUACCACUGACUGUUGUGGUUUUUUAGUGGUAAAUAUAACUGCUAAGAAAUUACCUUUCAGUUUUAAAGCAUCAAUUAGCCUAUAAAACAAUUCCAUUUUCUUAAAUUAAAGUUAUGAAUUUUGAUUUUGAUCUAUUUUUUACUUGCAGCCAACCUAGCAACCUAUCAUGCAUAACUGAUCGCCCGCUACAAUACUUUUCAAGUGGCAGAUAUUACAUGUUUAUUAAAUGUUUUAUUGGCCACAAUAUAUGCCAAAAUUGAAGUAACAUGGAACUAAAUAUUGUUGACUAUCAACAGAAACAUUUAGAAAGUCUUGCAGUGAAUGUUUUAUGAGCAACUUACUGUUACAUUAGACGAACAAUUUCACAAAUGAUCUACUUGAGUGUAAUUUGAUAAGCCCACCAUUUUAAAAUGAUUAUUAAUUCUUUGUGCUGAGAAAUAAAAGUCAGCUAUGUUUACAUAAUUACAAGAAAGAAGAGGAUUUGAAAAUAUUUACUUCAAACAUUUUAAAAUUUGUCACUUAAACUCAAGUAGACUUUUUGUGUACGUGUGUGUGUGUGUCUAUAUAUAUAUAUAUAUAUAUAUAUAUAUAUAUAUAUAUAUAUAUAUAUAUAUAUAUAUAUAUAUAUAUAUAUAUAUAUAUAUGCGCUCAAGAAGAAUGAUUGCCACGAUUCCAAACUAUUGUUAUAAAAUAGGUAUUCCUUGAAUAUACAUGUGGAAACUUGAAAUGUUCCAAUAAGUUUAUAAGGAUUAGGCUUCUCUUAAUACACUUAGUUAUGGGUGCCAUUUUAGCUUUGGUGAUGUCUAAACUGUAUUCUGUGUCCUGCCAUGUCAUCUGAAUUGUCACCUUAGUUACAGUUGCAAUUUCUGCAAUGCCAUUCUCUUUAAGAUGUUGGAUGUUUGGUGCUAUCUUCUUGUACUUAACACAUUGUUAUUAAUAUACGUAUUCCCACGGAAAAGAGUAAAUUUUUUCUGUGGCCUCAUGUGACAGUGAGACUGAAACACAGCAUGGGAGAGGAGCAGGCGGGUAUGUGAGACUGCCUGUCCACUCCUACUUAGUGCGAGGUGGCAGGACGUGGCCUCAUGUGACAGUGAGACUGAAACACAGCAUGGGAGAGGAGCAGGCGGGUAUGUGAGACUGCCUGUCCACUCCUACUUAGUGCGAGGUGGCAGGACGUGGCCUCAUGUGACAGUGAGACUAAAACACAGCAUGGGAGAGGAGCAGGCGGGUAUGUGAGACUGCCUGUCCACUCCUACUUAGUGCGAGGUGGCAGGACGUGGCCUCAUGUGACAGUGAGACUGAAACACAGCAUGGGAGAGGAGCAGGCGGGUAUGUGAGACUGCCUGUCCACUCCUACUUAGUGCGAGGUGGCAGGACGUGGCCUCAUGUGACAGUGAGACUGAAACACAGCAUGGUAGAGGAGCAGGCGGAUAUGUGAGACUGCCUGUCCACUCCUACUUAGUGCGAGGUGGCAGGACGUGGCCUCAUGUGACAGUGAGACUGAAACACAGCAUGGUAGAGGAGCAGGCGGAUAUGUGAGACUGCCUGUCCACUCCUACUUAGUGCGAGGUGGCAGGACGUGGCCUCAUGUGUCAGUGAGACUGAAACACAGCAUGGGAGAGGAGCAGGCGGGUAUGUGAGACUGCCUGUCCACUCCUACUUAGUGCGAGGUGGCAGGACGUGGCCUCAUGUGACAGUGAGACUGAAACACAGCAUGGGAGAGGAGCAGGCGGGUAUGUGAGACUGCCUGUCCACUCCUACUUAGUGCGAGGUGGCAGGACGUGGCCUCAUGUGACAGUGAGACUGAAACACAGCAUGGUAGAGGAGCAGGCGGAUAUGUGAGACUGCCUGUCCACUCCUACUUGUGCAAGGUGGCAGGACGUGGCCUCAUGUGACAGUGAGACUGAAACACAGCAUGGGAGAGGAGCAGCAGGUAUGUGAGACUGCCUGUCCACUCCUACUUGUGCAAGGUGGCAGGACGUGGCCUCAUGUGUCAGUGAGACUGAAACACAGCAUGGGAGAGGAGCAGCAGGUAUGUGAGACUGCCUGUCCACUCUGUCACGCUGGGAUGUAAACUUCACUGUCACACUAGGUUGCACAAAAUUUCUCUCUUUUCUCUGGGGAUAUGUUACAAUCAUUGCAUUGUGUACCUGAGAAGAAAACUCCAAACAUAUUACCUUAAAGGCACUGCAGAAAUCUCAACUCAUAACUAUGGACACAAUUCAGAAGAUUGUGGCAUGAGAUUGAAUACCGUCUAAACAUCAUUAGAGCUUAAAUGGUGCCCAUAUCAAAUUUUACUUAGCUAAGUUCAAAACUUCAAUUUUUUAUGAACGUUUUAAGAUGCUCACAUGCAUAGACAAUGAAUACUUUCUUUUAUAAUAUUUAAGAAUCCUGCAAUCAUUUUUGGUAACCACGUACACACGUGUGCAUGUGCAUGCGUGUGUGAUUUGACAAUAAUUUGAUUUUUGCGUAAAAAGGGAACAAUUGUUAGUAAAUAUUUUGGUUUUAUUUCAUGAGGAAUCUUCAGUGUCUAUGUUCAGUUUAUUGUGGAUGCUCUUUUAAUUUCAGGAUUUUUGUUGAAUGUCAUCAAUUGAAUUUAUAAUUUAUUCAUUCUGUCUUUUGUUGCAUGAGCCUUAGUAAGUAUUGAAUAUUGAAAAAUUUACAAUUUAUAUUAAGUCAAAUGUUAGCAGUAUGACAUUUAUAUUAGUGUUUGUGUUGUACUAUAAUAUUUUAUUAAAGAGAACUUGUCAUGGUUUCUGAAUAUUGUUUGCUGAUCUCCGAGUAGAGAACAGCAGUUUCAUAUCAUAUUUAACAAAUUAACUUAUUCAGAAUGUUACAUCCCAUGUGAUUCUAUUUUUCAGUCAUGUAACUGGUUAUACCCGAAAUUAAUCAUAUUCCUACAUUUCCAUGCCUUUGCAAGAGUGUUGGACAUUUUGAUAAUAUGUCGAAAGGUAUUUUGUACAUUGUCCUUGUAACUCGUAAUUCUAUGUUUUAUUGUCCAAGUCCUUGAACAAAUCCUUUUGGAUUAUGUGAUAUUCCUUCAUGUGAAGGAAAAGCAAUAUGUAUAUUUAUUCCUGGUCAAGAGACUACCUGUCCAUAAUAUUCCACAUUCGUUUAAUGACACACAUUUCCACUUCACAUGAUUGAUCUGACGUCACGGUAGAGCGAGAAACGCCGGGUGUUCAAGAGUCACAGGUUGCAUGUACUUAAAUGGUUAAUUAUUUGUAUAUAUGUGUACCUGAUUUUAUGUGGGUUUCCAAUUUCAAUUUGCUGGUUGUUUCCAUUUUUAUUUUUUGAUCAUCAAGUAUUUCUUCUCUUCCCCAGCACUUUUUUUUAUCUCAUCGAGGGACCAUGUGUAUGUUGUUUAAUUUAUAGAAAAGAAAGAUGUAUUAAUGUAGCAAAAGUACCGAAGAAAAAUUAUAACAGGAUAGGAGAAAGCAAAAUAUUGGGCUGGCAUAGGAACUGUAAAGGAGGGUGAUUUUGUUUACAUAAUGUUUUGUUAAAGAUUUUUCCCUAAGAUCAGCACUAUCUGGUUUAUAAAGCAUGUUUAGGGAAAAUGUGACUUCACCAGCAUAAACAAUUGUGAAACUUCAAGUGUGUAACCCAGAGUUUUGAAGGAAGUGUUAUAUUAUUUUGCAUGUAUGCACUUUUCUGAUUGAUAUUAAGUUACUUGCAGGAGUAUUGGUAUGUUAAACUCAUUCUUAAUGAAUUGUGAGUGUGAAAGAUAACUGAUGAUUUUUGUGAAUUCUUACAUUUGUAGUGUAACCUGUUAUAAAAUAAUCAUGCCAUAUUUAGUUAACUUUUGGUGAGGAAAGCUAGUCAGUUUUAGAGUUGUUGCAUAGUAUGCCAUGUAAUAUUUUAAGUCUUAAGUAUUUAGGUGUUGGUCGUCAUGUUUGCUGAUGGAUCAUUUACGUUGUGGCAGAGUGCGGCUGUCACAUUGCGAUGCAGGGACGCAGUACUGGCUAUUGCAGGCUUGAGUUGGUGUUAAUCCAAAUCCUAUUUGAAGUAUUACCGUAACGAAUGCUUGUGAUGUGACAUUCCCUGAAACUGGUCAGAAAGAAUUUUUAGGGGUUACUGGUAGGUAGUUUAACUUAAAAAAAAAUAUUUUUUUUUUCAUUGCACUCAGAACAAACCUCUAUUUCCUUGGAUUGUUUUUAAUGUAAUUUUUUUUUUUUUUUUGGUGUUAAUAGGUGUGUUGAUUUUUCACUAUUAUUGUAUGUGGUUGUUUCAGAUGUUUGUGUACUUUCAGUUCUUUGUGUUCUGAUAUGUGUAUUGAUUUGUUCCAAAGUAUUUUGUAAACAAGCAUGAAGUGAGCACACGUAUCAAUGACAGAAACUAUUAUUUGGUAAAAUUGAUAUGUUAUGUUUUCUAGUUUUGUGUUGUUAACAGUUCAGGAUUCACAUAAACUUGAAGCUACUGCCUUGCCAUUAUCUUCACAGAAUGUGUGUAUGAACAGUGCUGUUCUGCAUUGCUAUUUUGAAUGCCACUCAUGAGUUUCAAUGUUUGAGAACAAACCAGUGAAUUUCACAAGAAAUCUCAUUUAUUAUUUAAUGGAGUAAAAUUUGCACACAAAAGGUAUUAAUACUAAAUACAUAUCUCUUGUUCUAUGUGUGUGAGGAUUAACUUUAUAUGGUUAGUCGACUCAUAGAAAAAAUUAAAUGGUUACAGAAAAUAAAAUUCUUAAAAGUCAGUAAUAUGGCCCUUGUUAAUACUAAUAGGCCAUUUAGUUUGAUUAUACACAUUUUAUUUAUCUCUUGAUUCACAGCUGCACUGUGUGUUGGUGUUUUUGCCAUAUAUGGAGUAGCAGCUGAUUUGGGCUUCUUCUUUCCAGACAUGUGGCUUUCUUUGUGGGGCUAGAACGUGCUCCAGGUUAAUGUGUACCUGACUGUAUGAACACACUGCCCCUGUGAGCUGCGAGUAGUAAUUCAUUUGUUACACUUGGGCUUUUGUUAUGUGAAUUUGCUAUGUAUUGUUUGUUAAAUAAACAAAAGAUUCAAGAAA